UGCAGUCAGAACCGGGCGCUUUGCUUGAAAAAGAUCGCCAACAUGUGUCAUAACACGUGUAUCGUGUUGAUAUUGAUGAUGCUGAAAGUAAAGGACGGAUACACAACAGAAACACCUAAUGUCAUAAUAAUGUUGAUGGACGAUAUGGGCUGGGGAGACCUUGGUGUAUUUGGUGAGCCCAAUAAGGAGACCCCAAACCUCGACAGGAUGGCCAGUGAAGGAAUGCUGUUUACUGACUUCUACUCUGCAAAUCCUUUGUGUUCUCCCUCUCGUGCAGCAAUGUUGACAGGGAGACUUCCUAUUAGAAAUGGGUUCUACUCUACUAAUGCUCAUGCUAGAAAUCCAUACACACCCCAGGACAUUGUAGGAGGUAUACCCGACUCUGAAAUUCUCCUACCAGAACUUCUGAAGAAGUCAGGAUACCGCAAUAAACUUGUCGGUAAAUGGCAUCUUGGCCAGCAGCCACAGUACCAUCCACUCCGACAUGGCUUUGAUGAGUGGUUUGGUUCCCCAAAUUGCCACUUUGGGCCUUACAAUGACAUCAACACCCCAAACAUUCCAGUCUACCGUGAUGCUGUCAUGGCCGGCAGAUUCUAUGAAGAGUUCCAGAUCGACAAGAAGACCGGGUUAUCGAACCUGACCUUGUUAUAUUUAGAUGAAGCUGUCCAGUUUAUUGAACAACAACACACAAAGAAGCAGCCAUUUUACCUUUACUGGACUCCGGAUGCUACACAUGAGCCUCUGUAUGUGUCUGAGAAAUUCUAUAACACCAGCAGACGUGGGUUGUACGGAGAUGCGGUCCGAGAACUGGACUACGCUGUUGGAGAAAUCCUGAAAACUUUGGUGAAACUUAGGCUUGAUAAAAACACUUUUGUAUUUUUCUCAUCAGACAAUGGAGCAGCAGCUUACGCAAAAACCUCAGGUGGUAGUAACGGGCCAUUCCUCUGUGGAAAAGAGACAACAUUUGAGGGUGGUAUGAGAGAGCCAGCUAUAGCAUGGUGGCCAGGGAGGAUUUCACCAGGCCAGGUAUCUCACCAGACUGGAUCACUGAUGGACCUAUUUCCCACUAUACUUGACCUUCUGGGGCUGCAACCUCCUUCUGACAGACUUAUUGAUGGCAUUAGUCUCAAAGAUACACUAUUCCAAAACACUCAAAUUCAAAGACCACUGUUUUAUUACCGUGGGGACACAUUGAUGGCAGUGCGUCUAGGGCAGUAUAAAGCACACCUCUGGACCUGGACUAACUCGAUACAGGAGUUUAACAGGGGAGUUGAUUUCUGUCCGGGGGAGGAGAUAAAGAAUGUAACAACACAUGAUCAGAUUCAACAUGAUCCGCCAUUACUAUUCCAUAUCACCAGGGACCCAGGCGAGAAAUACUUAAUCAAACAGAACACAGAGGAGUAUCGGAGUGUGAUGCCAGAUAUACAGUCUGCUGUAGCUACACACAUCAAACACCUGGUACCAGGCACGCCCCAACUAAAUAUGUGUAACAGAGCUGUCAUGAACUGGUCACCACCUGGAUGUGACAAAGUAAACAAGUGUUUAAUCCCACCUGCCUCCAAACCUUACAAGUGUACCUGGACUCAUUAGGGAAUCAGAAAGAUAACAUAUCAGUGAUGCACAAGGCUGCUACAGACCAUACAACGACACCAUACAAGGCUGUUACAGACCAUACAACAACACCACACAAGGCUGAUACAGACCAUACAACACCACACAAGGCUGUUACAGACCAUACGACACCACACAAGGCUGAUACAGACCAUACAACACCACACAAGGCUGUUACAGACCAUACAACAACACACAAGGCUGAUACAGACCAUACAACACCACACAAGGCUGAUACAGACCAUACAACACCACACAAGGCUGAUACAGAC